CGUUCUCUUGUUCGCUUCUCGUGUUUUGAUACAGUUCGACCGCAUCGCACGCAUUUCGUAGCAGCCGAUUUUGGUGCGAAAUUCUCCACAUUCCCGGCAGAAAAUUUCAUAAACAAUGAAUCUAUCUCCAGAUGCAAAGGAUCGCCUGGGAGUGGUGUUUGAGGUCGUCAAAACCGCAUUCCACUGGGGUUUCAUACCGACCGUGCUUUAUCUUGGUUUCCGGAAAGGAUCCGAAGCUGGAAUGCCGCCACUGACCGUAAUGAGUUUAUUGUGGCAAUAGAUGUGUAUAAACGGUCAUGUAAAAUAAUAGAAUAAAAGAA